GCAUGUUUGAGCUAAGGUCGUUGGUCGCGCAUCACUCACUCCAGUUUAAUCGGUGUUAGCUAUCUACCUACGCACUUCACCGGGAAGUGUUAUCGGUCGUUUUUUAGACUAUCCGUAGGUGAAAGGAACCAAGGGGGGCGUUUAGUACCACUGCUGCUCGGUAACGUGUAGUUAUAAAGACAUACGUAACGUUUAGUUAACCCUUAGUGUCAGUUACACUAUCACCCGGCAACUCUGUUAGCUACUUAGCAGACCUGCUUCAGUAGUGUAAAGCUGAGUUAUAAGUUUGUAAUUGUGUAACGGCGAAGCGUUUAUUUGUCCCACGCUUUCAACACGAGUUAUCUAAGGUUACGUUUGGCUGUGGACUGCGCCAGGACACGCUCCGGUUAUCUUGGCUGUCACUCGCUUUAUCACCGUGUCACGCUGACAAGGACCUUUCGAGUCAGAAUGAAAAGUCUUCCUUAUUUCUGUCGAGGAGAAGUGGUCCAUGGAUUUGGCAGAGGGAGUAAAGAGCUGGGUAUACCCACAGCAAACUUCCCGACGUCUGUAGUAGAGGAUCUUCCCGAGGACAUCGGCACCGGUAUCUACUACGGCUGGGCCAGCCUGGACAACGGGCCCGUUUACAAGAUGGUCAUGAGCAUCGGCUGGAACCCCUACUACAAAAACACACUCAAAUCCAUGGUGAGAUCGAUGGAGACGCAUGUGAUCCACAACUUCGCGGAGGACUUCUAUGGGCAGACCCUGAACGUUGUGAUGGUGGGCUACAUCAGACCAGAGAGAGGCUUCGACUCGCUAGAUGCUCUCAUCACUGCAAUCCACAACGACAUCGAGGAGGCCAAGCAGAAGCUUGAUCUUCCAGAACACCUCAAGCUGAAGGAGGAUGCCUUCUUCACGGCCCCCGUGGCCACCACCGCAGCAGACGACAAAAUGGACGCCAGCACAAAGAAGAAUAUGUCAACGGAUUCAAACCACAUCAUGAAUGGUCAUUGAUGGGAUUGUUUGUCUGGUUGUCUUUUCUGUUUGUUUAUUUGGUUGCAUGUCUGGUAUGACAUGUGAUGUGUACAUGUGUAAGCAAGCCUCCUCCUCCUCCUCCUCCUCCUUCUUCUCGUCCUCUCCUCCUCCUCUAUGCUGGUGUACGUGUGUGUGUGUUAGUGUGUGUCUGUCUGUCUCUUUGUGUGUGUGUGUGUGUGUGUGUGUGUGUGUGUGUGUGUGUGUUUGCGUGUGCGCGUGCGUGUGCAUGUAUGUGUGUGAGAGAAAAAUACUAUUUGUCUGUACAUGUUUCCACCUACAAAAAGAGCAUUCUCACCUUCCUCACAGAGACUCAUGAGAGUAGUAGAUGGAUGAUGAGAUCAACUGAUUGAAGUGAUUGGAUGAAAGCUGGACAGCAGUGAGAGAUAGCUGAUGGUUAAAGGUGGAGGUACAGGUCAACCACUGAUGAUUAAUGGGUACUUAAAGUACUCAAGAUACACUACGUAUACCAUUGAAAAAAUCUCUGAAAUGGUGUUAAGAGUCCAUGUAUGAAAGGUUUUUUUUGUUUAUUUAUUAUAAACAUAAUUUAGUGAUUGUCACAUUGGAGACUCCCCCUCAGUAGACACGCUAUAGAGUCUUGGAGUCUCCAAUCCCCAACGUGAUGUCAUGCACUUCUUUAUGGGGAAAGACGAAUAACUGCCCCUUUUUCCAAAACAAAUGUGUUGGAUAAUAGUUGAAAUGUGUACUACUAACAAGAAAGUGGUGAAAGAUCUUUUGAAUCUUAGCCUGCACAACCACCUGAGAGAGAGUGGGAGAGAGACAGACGGAGACAGAGAGAGGUGAGUUGAGUUGAGUUGAGGGGGGUGGGAGUGCUGUGAGCUGAAUGGCUUAUUGCUGGAAACUCCCAGGGAAAAGUCCAUCGUUUCAGGGUCAUAGAGGGGAGAGAAGAGGAGGGGAGAGGACAGACCUUUAUCUUGUAGAGAGGCGAAUAAUAUCGGAGAGAGAGAGAGUUGAGUAACUGGCAGAAUUCCUAUGGUGACUCUGUCCAAAAGAGUGUGUAAAUAUUUCGGGGGUAGAAUCGAUUCGCAAAUGUAUAGAGAAAUGUGCUUGCUUUGUAUAGAACUAAAUUGUUUAUGACUAUGGGGUUUGUAUAUCCCACCCCCACUCUUUGACUGAUUGUGAGGUGAAGGAGUCCAUUGUAUGUCAGUGUGUGUGUGUGUGUGUGUGUGUGUGUGUGUGUGUGUGUGUGUGUGUGUGUGUGUGUGUGUGUGUGUGUGUGUGUGUGUGUGUGUGUGUGUGUGCGCGCGCCCCUGCCCGCCUCCCUGCAGAAUUACGUCUUUAUGGUCAGACCUAUUUAUCGCCACUUUUUAGCAUUAUGCACCUAUAGCAUACUGUAAAUCCAAGACCUCAAACUUAAAGGUAGAGUAUGUCAUUUUUGUUGCAGUUUAUUUCCAGAAUUUACUCUGCCCGUUCACAAAUGGUAUCUUCCACCAUCAAUUUUCAAGUCUUCAGUAUGACUUGGAAAUGUGCGCUUUUCAUGCACAAAUAGGUGGAGCUUCUCCAUUUUGAACUAGUCAUAGACAUCUUAUGGCUGAAGAACUUUUAGUACAUACUGUAUAAGUUUUGUUUACAUAGUAAAUAUUCACGAAAAGAUCAAAUUUGUGAAUGGGCAGAAGCAUAUACAUUUUGAAAAUGGAUGUCCAAUGCGUCCUUUUCCCUGUGAGAAGAAAACUGGAGAUGUUUUGUGUACUGGUGUUGUGAUCAUCUUUCAUGCAGUCAUCAUUUGUUCUCGUUUAAGGGGCCAGUAUCAAGCCUAACCUGUUUCACUGCCUUUUUUUAUUUCCCCCUUUUUAUUAUUUCCUUGAUUUCAUCUUUCAUUCUUUCAGCUGGCUAUUUAUGCAAUCCUCUUUCAAUACAAUGUUAGUGGGUCAUUGACGUUUUUAGUAGCAGUCAGAUGGUGCAGCCACAGUAAGUUCCGCUAUUGUACGAUGUAAAUGAUUAUAUUUUUAAUAUAUUACACAUUCAGUAUAUGUAAAUGAAACAAACUGUAAGAUAUAAUAAUGUACCAACUUCACACGGUGACAUUAGCUGUGAUUGCACCACACUGACAUCAGCUUCUAAAGACGUCAGUGACCCUAGUGCACACGUCAUGCCACGCACCUUGUUACCUACAAGUGCUACAAACUACUGUAAGCCGCAGAUCACUGGUUAAAAUGUAACUGUUAUAAAACAAUAUAACAUCAGGUCAUGGUCUCUUUCACAUUGCCUGGCUCUUGCCCGACCUGUAGUUCCAUGCACGCCACUACUAGAUCUGGGAGAAACGGGCUAUCAUUCACAAUGCUUAUUCGGUGUUCUAUGGAGAGUACAUUUGUGUGUAAAGACGAGAGAGUACAUAGUAUACUGUUUUUUUGUUGUUGUUUUUUUUAAACCUCUGCCUUUGUGUUUGCCGUGUAUCUGUCGGUGGGGACCAGCCUUAGUGUGUGUGUGUGUGUGUGUGUGUGUGUGUGUGUGUGUACAGUAUGUGUGUACAGUAUGUGUGUACAGUAUGUGUGUGUGUGUACAGUAUGUGUGUGCACUGCCUGCUAUCCUACCCAAAUUAAAUAAGUGGAAUCUA